GUUUCUACGGAGGUAUAAAGUGAGGCACCGCUGCUUAAAUGGAAAGAAAGAAGGAGAAAAUAGACCAGUAACAUUCUACAAGAUCCUAAAGUGUUCUAAAGUUUCAUCGCAGCGUGGUAGAGUGAAGCUGUCCAAGUCUAAACCCAAAGUGUAGGAAUAUAAGCAUCAUGGAAGACGAGCCAGAGAGAGCAAAACGCUGGGAAGGUGGCUAUGAGAGGACAUGGGAAGUUUUGAAGGAGGAUGAAUCAGGAUCGCUCAAAGCCUCAGUGGAAGAGAUCCUGUUCCAGUCCAAAAGGGAAAGGAUAAUAAAAAGCUGUGGCCAAGUCAGACUUGGAAUGAUGCGUCAUCUUUUUGUAGUGAUCGACUGCUCCAGAAGUAUGGAGGAUCAAGACUUAAAACCCAACCGUCUCACUGCGACUGUGAAGCUGAUGGAAGCUUUUAUCGACGAGUACUUUGACCAAAAUCCCAUCAGCCAGGUGGGAAUUAUCGUCACAAAGAAUAAACGAGCUGAGAAGCUCACUGACCUAGCAGGAAAUCCAAAGAAGCACAUCGCUGCUCUGAAGAAAGCGGUGGACACUGUGUGUCUAGGAGAACCAUCCCUGUACAAUUCCCUCAACUUGGCUUUGCAAACACUCAAACACAUGCCUGGACAUACAAGCCGGGAGAUUCUCAUCAUCCUCAGCAGCCUCACCACAUGUGACCCCGCCAACAUCUAUGAGAUGAUUCAGACCCUCAAGUCAUUGAAGGUGCGGGUGUCUGUCAUUGGCCUGUCAGCAGAGGUUCGGGUGUGUACCAUGUUGACAAGGGAGACUGGUGGAUCGUACCAUGUCAUCCUGGAUGAGAGCCAUUUCAAAGAGCUGCUGCUGAUGCUGCAUGUGAAACCUCCCCCCGCCAGUUCAUCAUCGGAAUGCUCUUUAAUACGUAUGGGGUUUCCUCAGCAUACGUGUGGCUCUCUGACUGAUCAGGAUGCCAAACCUUCUUUCAGCAUGGCUCUAUUGGAUGGCAGCACUGAUCCAGGUCUCUCUCUCGGAGGAUACUUUUGUCCGCAGUGCCAUGCCAAGUACAUGGAGCUCCCAGUGGAAUGUAAAGUCUGUGGUUUGACUCUGGUGUCGGCUCCUCACCUGGCCAGAGCUUUUCACCACCUCUUCCCCCUGUGUGUCUUCAUUGAAAGCCCGGUAGAAAAACUCCAAGAAAACAGGUUCUGUGCGUCCUGUCAGGGAGAACUGAAAGAUAAAAGUAUGUUCACCUGCCCGUCCUGUCACAGUAUUUUCUGUGUGGAGUGCAAUGACUUCAUUCACGACUCGCUACACUGCUGUCCCUGCUGUGUUCGCAGCCAAAGCACAGCGUAACCACGCCCCUUCUUGUAUCUGUAUUAUUUAAUAGUUUUUUACAUUUUUGUUUUCCUUAAUAAUGUCUAGGGAUGUCAUGAGGUCUCGCAAGAUUAAAACGUGCGGUAUUUCUCGUUUAAGAGAAAAGCUGUCUCGUGGGCGCAGGGCAGCCAGAAGCCAAUCAGACUGUGAGCUAUGGCAUUGCUGCUGUGACUAAUAAUAUACUGUACAUACUAUGGACGUGGCAGUGCGCGAGGCAGGAACCUUGCAGUCCUGCACAUGACCUCUGCGCACUCUGCGUUUCCACUGUCACGCGUUUGCUUGUGACGUUUGUCUUCUUUUUUUAAAAAUUGGAGUUCAACAGCUGCCGCCAUGUUAAUGUCCAAGCAGAAGCUGUAAUUCUACAACUGAUCAAAGUUGGUUAAGAUUUGCCAGAUCAAAACACAAUUGCUGCAUAAGCCUUCUAUGAAAUCAUGCGAUAAUAGCGCCUAUUUCGGAAAUUCACUACUUCCCUGUUCCGCACUCUUAGGCAUCAUUGUAACUGUAUUUUUUUUUAGCAUGAACAUAAAAUUAAUCAUCAAUCAUGCAAUCAAACAUGUCUUUUUUUUUUUUUUGUCCUGUUUGGCAUCUUAGUCAUGCAGUAUGGGUGAACGGUGUGAUUGUUUUCCCAGAACAGCUUUGCUUACAACAGGGGAGUCUAGUAUGCUGCUGUUCAAGUUGCAUUGCAAACUUUUUUUUUAAAAGCACCGAACAGAACAUUGUUAGGAUGACGGACAAAAAAAAAAAAAAAAGAGAGAAAAGACAUCAGUGGGUCACAUCAUUGACUGUGCAGCACUGCCCCUGUGUUCCGGAGGGCAACGUGGGCCCAGCCCAGACCACCUGAGCCCUCCCAACCCCCACGGGGGCAAAAGACUUGCGGACGCCACGCCAACUGGCUGUCCCGCAUCAAACCCAUAGAGGUACCCAUAGCAGAGCACAAGAGCACCGCCUGCCGCGGGGCAGCCCCCAAGAGCAUGAAGCUCGUGGCAGAGAGAGCCCGCCCCCAGGCAGCAGUCCAUCACCAGGAGUACGAGCCAACACAAACAUUGCUGUGUUCGGUGUGAAAGGUGAAGGUGGCUUAUUGCUGGAUCUGAUGUGAAAUGUGAUUAUUUUGGGGGAGCAGAACAUCCAUGCUGUGAUGUGAACAUCCAUACAACAGUGCACUUAUCAGUGUUUCCCAUACAUGGCCUGCCAAAUUUGGACCAACACAGAUAAAAUUGGCACCACUUAAAUUAAAAAAAAUAUAUAUUUUUUUAGCUGUGACACUUCCUGUUUGCCCUCGCUCACAAACACAUUGUAAUGGGACUGUCUGUCUAGCUUGUCGUUACAGUAUAUGGCAUUGUAACUCUGCUUAACACCAGAGCCACCAAAAACCAGCACUACAUGAGGUAUUUGUAUAGCAUUUACAUUAACAAUAAAAGUGAAAUGACUUGUAAACGGCCUGCUAUGUAUGUGGUGACCUUUUUUCUAGGGAUACUUUCUCUCACAGUCCAAAUUAUGUAAAGUUUCAUCCAUCCAUUUUACAGGAUGACCAGGCUUCAUGGUCUCCCCCCACCGCUUCCAAUUCCAACAGGGGGGACACCGAGGCGCUCGUA